AUGAUCCUGCAGGCGGUGUACAGCCCGCAUGCAGGCCUCUCCCCCCUUGGCGUGCUCAGCCCCUGCAGCAGCGGUAUCUCCGACAUGACAGCCGCCUACACCUGGCCUGAGCCGGAGCCGGCGGAGGUGCUGACAGGGACGGAGGGUGCCUACCAGCCCUACUGCAACCAGAUCAUCAACGACGAGCUCAACUUCACCGCCCAGCGGCUGCUGUCCCGGCUCAAGGAGCUCACCAGCCUGGAACAGGGCAUGGCCCCCGGCUUUAGCCCCCCCCGCCGCUUCUUCUGCUCCCUCAAGGAGGUGUCCAAGGUGGUUCCCAAUGCGGCGUUGCUCAUCGUGGCCCCCGACGUCCGCCCCUCCGCCACCGCCGCCAUCAAGCCGGUCAAGAUCCUGACUGCGCUGCUGAGCGCCGCCGCGCGUCACGGCGUCCCCGUCGUGUUUGCGCUCUCCCGCCGCGGCAUCGGCCAGGUGUUUGGCCGGGAGAAGUCCAUGAGCAUCGUCGCGGUGAUGGACGUGUCGCAGUGCGAGGCAGAGUGCAGGCGGCUGAUUGGCCAGUCCGCCGAGGGCCGAGCGCUGUUCCGAGACACCCUGGGCAGGCAAGUGCCCCGGAGCUUCGUGCUCCCAGGGGCUCCCUCCUUUUCCAUGCAGCCUGGGCCCUUCUUCUACUGA